AUGGCGCACGCAGCACUCAUAGGCGAGCUCGCCGAAAAGCUGAUCGCGAGUAUCGCAAGCAGAACACAAGAUGACCCCAGCUUCCGUCGCAUCAGAGAGCAAACGAUCAAAGGUCUUCGCGACGCAAGCCAUGCUCGGACCAACCAAUUCGAAGUCAAGGAGAGACUCGAUGGCCUCGUCGAGAAGUUCAGCGUUCGCAAUCGAGACAGCCUAGCAGAUGCGCUACGGUCACGUUUGGACGAGCUGCCGACAAUGUCAAAAUUCCUACCGGAAGUGCUGUCUCUUUUUCUUCAUCUUUCAGAGAGACCUGUAGAUCGGACAGACCUUGCUGUCCUGGAUGGCCUUAAUCAGGCAACUGCCUCCGAAGCCGAGCUUAGCUGGGAGGGCAUAGUGGCUGAUGGUCCUCUGGACGAAGCCGAUAUUUGGGAUGAUGUCGAUCGCGGCUACCACUCAAGUGGAGAUGAGACCUCUCCGUACAAUGAGACCGAUUCAGAGCCCACGACUACGACAUUAGCCACAUCUCUAGCUGAAGACGACUUUGCUGCGAUUGCUCGACAGCACUUGGUGCAGCCCAAGCCGAGUCUACUGGACGAAGUUCGGGCAGCUAAGACAAGCUUGCAGGUCUCACCAACUGAUGGCAAGGACCAUGCAAUAUCAGAACUCAGCGUCAUACGCGAAGUCAUCACGAUCCUCCAGGGCCUGCCAUCAUAUCUCUUUGACAGUGGCGAGGCGUCAGGCGAAGUGAAGGUCCGCGGUAGAAGUCACAUCGAUACGGCUGAGCAGGCCACAUUGCAGGAUAUACUUCGACAGUUUGCAUCUGAUGCUACACAAUUGAACCACCUUCGCCGCUGGACCAGGCCACAACCUAGUGAUGCUCAAUUCGUCCAGUCGAUGCAGAGUUCGAUCAUGAAGUUGCUGAGCAGGCUGACAUUGGAUCUUGGAUUCCUGGCGCAGCGAUAUAUCGAACCAAGUGUCGACCAGAUCGUGAGCAUCGUUGAGUGCAGGGCUGCAAUCGAGGAUAUAACCAGGCCUGUGGUUCGUCUAUCCAAUGUUAUGGGAGAAGCAGUUUCAGCAACCAAUCAAAAGCUUUCGUUUGUCGGUUUGGAUGCAUUGUAUGAUGAGGCCUGUCUGGCACAGAUGACUGGCAAUGACGUGCUCUUCACCGCAAUCCUGGGUCCGCUGCUUGCAAGCAUUCAGACAUACAUGAAGCUCGUGCAGCGGUGGAUGCAGACUGGUGAGAUUCCGAACAGUCGAAGUGAGCACUUCUUUGUUCUCGAGGCGAAGCCCGAUUGUGAGCUGAGCAGAGUCUGGCACGAUCGAUAUGUGCUAGUUACCUCAUCUGAUGGGCAUGCCAACGCACCAACGUGUAUACAGCCCUUCGUUGGACGCAUAUUCGCUUCGGGCAAGGCUAGAGCCUUUCUCAAAGUACUGAGUGGCAGCGAAAAUACGUCGCUGGAUGCUGCAUCCUCCAAUUCAGAUCUGCUCGAUCGCGCGGGACUGGAGCAACGACUGGCCGAGUGCAACAAUCUACAACCGUUUGACCAGCUGCUGCACGACGCUAUCGACGAUUGUCUCAGCAGCCAGAGCAGCAAUGGCACACAAGCUCUAAGUCAUGCCAUGCUUCACGAGCAUGGUAUGCUGGCCGCCCUUGAUGCUAUCGACAGUGUUUACUUUGCAAAAGACGGCGCACUAUUACAGACAUUAACGGAGACAUUAUUUGCUCGCAUCGUACGGAGCGGGAGGACAUGGAAGGACCCUUUCAUGCUGACGGAGCUGGUACAAGACACUCUUGGAAUGGCACCAGCAGUCGACGUGCAGUCAGUCACGAUCGACAUUACUUCACAAGGAAAAUUUCCACCAAUUGCACCGAUAGUACGACAAUUUGAGCAGCUUGAGCUGGCAUACAGUCUUUCCUGGCCUAUACAAAACAUCACACGAUCUUCGCAACUCGUAACACACGCAUCUGCAUUCAAGUUCCUGCUCCAAGUCGAGUAUUGCAGCCAUCGACUAUGUCCCCAGAUCUUCCCGCUUCGCCAGCUACAGGUCAACGGGAGGAAGAUGACACAGGCUCUGUGUAGCGCGUUGGCCUUUCGCAACAAAUUCAUCUGGUAUUCCCACGUCCUUCGAGCACACAUCGCAGACACGUGCUCGACUCUCCAUCAACAACUCACGAAACAGAUGUCGCAAGCGGAUGGCAUUGAUGCCAUGGCAACUAUCUGGUCCGACUAUGAAAAGCGCUUGCAGACCUCGUUACUGCUUACACCGAAGCUGGCGCCGAUACGUGAGGCGGUCGUUGGUGUGCUUGAGCUUUGCGAGCAAACUGCGCCUGCUAUUGCUGCGAUCCUUGAGGAGAGGUCCUCUGUAGCGAACUCGGCGGAUGUAGCGGAGGAGCUGGAUAGGGGGCUGGCUUUUGUCGUUGCUGGGCUAAAGGCUGUUAGUCGGGCUGGUGGCGAGACGCAUCUGGCGAUGCUGGCUGAGAGGCUGACGUGGAAGGGGUGA